AUUUUCUUGUAAAUAAAUUAUGUUAAUUAGAUACUUAAUCCAAAUAUUACUAAUUAUAGUAUAGACAUUUAAUUAAUAAUCUUAUAUUUUCAAGAUAAAUAACUUAACGAGCUUGCCCACGAGCUAACGAGUAGAGUAUCGUCGUGCUCAAAAGCUUGACUCGUUUAGCUAAACGAGCUGCUCAUUAAAAUUACCGAUCGAGCUUUUAUCGAGUUGAACGUCGAAUAGUUCACAAGUAGCUUGAUUCGUCUACUGCCCUUUCUAUAUGCACCACGAUCGCAGUUGUAGAUAUCCACCAAUAAUAUAAAUUACUAUACAGUUCAUAAUAACAAAUAUUUCAAUGGUAUUUCGAUUUUCGAUGUUAAUUCAACUUAACCAAUAAUGUUGGGAUGCAAACAAAUCCGAUAAUAGUGGAUGUUUUGUCUAAUGCUGUGUGAAGCAUCUCAAUGUUUUGUGCCGAACCUCGUCAUAGAGAUUCCUCCACACAUGGAAAUGAACACUAGUGUCCAGCCCAGAAAAAUACACCUAUCUUAUUAUAUUUUAUUUGACCUCUAUAAUUAUAUGCUCAAUUAUUAGAGUUCUUCCAUUACUUAAUUAUCAGUGACUUGCACGUUUUUAAUUAAUUAGUACCAUGUAACGUCAAUUAUGGUGCGAUACUAUUGUUCAAGCAGUAUGAUGUCUAUCAAGUAUCAUAGAUUCGUCAUAUAAUUUUUUUUAGAAACGUUCAUAUAAUUUUUUUAUAUAAGUGGUGAAAAAUCAUUUUUUAAUAUAUGCGUACUGCCAAAAAAUAUAAAUUAUGUAUUGAAUUGACAGCUUAUUUUUAAAAAUAGAAUUGAAACGACCAAAUGGAAUGGAAUCAUAGCUCGUGAUUUAUUCAGCAAUUUAAUUUUUUACUGACGCAUAUAAUAAAAGGGUUUUGGCAAAUAAAGUUACGAAUUUCGAGAUUGUCAUUUUUACGUGAUUUUUGAAGUGUUGCGAAUUAAAUCACCACCUUUUCAAUUUUUGAAAUUUUAUUCUCCCAAUUUUUUUGGGAUCGCCAGAGUGCUAAAUUGAAGCUUACGUGGAUCAGUUCGCCAUAUAUUAUUUAUAUAUAUUACGACGUUGUUUGCAAUAAAAUUGCUGAAUAUUGAGAAUUAUGAUGCACGUACAUGAUACAAUCAUUUUAUAAUUUGAAGGAAUUUUUAAUUAAAAUUGUACAAAACGGCAUCAUUCUUUACUAAUCCACUUAAGCUCCGAUCAUUAUAUAUACACACAUGUAUAGUUUUCAGUCAUGUCUUGUCGAGAAGCCCUUCAUCGCCAUGGACGUGGAGAAAGUGUUUCACAUGAAUGGAGGAAUUGGAGAAACAAGCUAUCACGAGAACUCUUCUCUUCAGAAAAAUGCUGCUGAAAGGAUUCAAGACAUAGCCUUGGAAGCCAUGGAAGAAACGUAUUCGGCGUUGAGGCCGCGAAGCCUCGGCAUAGCCGAUCUCGGCUGCUCAUCGGGCUCCAACGCCCUGCGUUACGUCAAGAUGGCGGUGGCCGCCGUGAUCAGCCGAGACGCAGCGCCGCUGCCCGAGUUUCGGGUGUGCCUCAACGAUCUUCCUUCCAAUGAUUUCAACACCGUUUUCGCGGCGUUGCCGGAUUUUUUCCAAGAGUUGAAGAAAGGAAGGAAGGAUCCAUCGGUUUUGGUGGCUGCAUAUCCGGGCAGCUUCUAUGGCAGGCUCUUCCCACGCAACAGCUUGCACUUGCUCUUCUCCUUCAGCUCUUUGCACUGGCUAUCCCGGAUUCCACCGGGGAUCUAUGACGAGCGAGGGGUGUCGAUGAACAAGAAGAGCAUCACUUUGGUGAGGGAAUAUUGGAUGAAUUAUUUGAUGAAUAUGCCAAAUUAUUGGAAAUAGAGAUGCCCACAAAGAAUAUCAAGGCCAUUCACAUUGCUCUAGUUCUUACUAAAGUAUAAGUAUGCUCUUUCACUACUUAUUUUAUUGUUGGAGUGAUUGGAUACUAAUAUGUAUGUGUUUGACCUUGUUUAUAAUACUUUCUUUGUCCCUUACAUAUCUUUUUUUCUUUUUAUUUUGAUCAGUCCCCAAAACAUCUUCAUAAUCCAAUUUUGAAAAUAAUUUUGGGAACACAUUUUUCGCUUAUCAAAUACACAACUAACUUUUAUUAA